AGCUCCAGCGGGACCCCUUCCUGGUCCCAGAAGGGGUGGGUUUCGCUCCCACGCACUGGUAUCUCCAGCUCUCUUCUCAGCCGAUCUUUGUCCGCUAGCCCAACGCUUCUCACUGACGUGCAUCUCCAAGUGACUCAAGCCUGCGUCACCCCCUCCCAGCUAAAAGAUUCCCCCCCCCCUUUCUUUGAAAGGGAGGGGAGAGAGAAAGCAGCGCUCACCUAGCCUGUGGCUGGUCUUCUCGGGGUAGGAGCAGAUCCGGGCGCAGGCAGAGAGGUAGCUGGCUCUCCAGAAAGUGGCUCCGAGUGAGACCCAGAGGGAUGUGACAGAAGUUGCCCAGAGACUGAGCAGAGGCGGAGAUGUGGCUGUGUUUCCACACGGGCUGAUCAGAGCGGAGUGGGAUCUGCUCCGCAGCAGACCGGAGACGUUCAGCUUUCUGCAGCCGGGAGGCUACCGGCGUGGACCACCCGCUGCAGCUGGAAGAGUGAGGUUGGGUCCCAGCCCCGCGCAGAGAUCUGGGGAGUUCAUCCGUGCGUCAGAACGCGCCGCGCUGCAGGCCAAUUUCCAAGCUCAGGAGCUGGUCAGGUGCAGCGGGGCUGGGCGAGCGUGGCUGCCGGGGCGUGGGAGAGCCGCUCUGAUCACCUUCCCGCAUCUCGGAGGAGCGGUCUGUGCACACCCCAACAGCUGGGCAGCAUCCGAAGGAGAGAGGUCCCAUUGAUGAACAGGAGCUGAGGGGCUGAUCUCCAAAGCUAGAGGCCGCCCCCCUUUCAUCCCAUCCCGACGCGUGGGGCUGCAGAGCCAGCGAACCCCCAAUGCCUAAGAACAGCAAAGUGACGCAGCGAGAGCACAGCAGCGAGCAUGUCACCGAAUCGGUGGCCGACCUGCUGGCCCACGAGGAGCCCGUGGACUACAAGCGCAGCGUCUUGAACGUGACGGGCGAGGCCUGGGACAAGCAGAAGGAUGUGGAGGAAGAUCUAGACUCUGAGAAGCGGCCAGCGUGGAACAGCAAACUGCAGUACAUCCUGGCCCAGAUCGGGUACUCGGUGGGGCUGGGGAACGUCUGGCGGUUUCCAUACUUGUGUCAAAAAAACGGCGGAGGUGCCUACCUGGUCCCGUACCUGGUGCUGCUCAUCAUCAUCGGGCUCCCUCUCUUCUUCCUGGAGCUGGCCGUGGGUCAGAGAAUCCGCCGGGGCAGCAUCGGCGUGUGGAAUUACAUCUGCCCCCGCCUGGGGGGCAUUGGAUAUGCCAGCUGUCUCGUCUGCUUCUUUGUCGGUCUUUAUUAUAACGUGAUCAUCGGCUGGAGCAUCUUUUACUUCUUUAAAUCCUUCCAGUAUCCACUCCCCUGGAGCGAGUGCCCCAUCGUUAAAAAUGGCACAGUGGCUGUUGUGGAGGCAGAAUGUGAGAAGAGCUCCGCUACCACCUACUUCUGGUACCGGGAGGCUCUGGAGAUUUCCAGCUCCAUCUCAGAGGGCGGAGGGCUCAACUGGAAGAUGACCCUGUGCCUGCUGACGGCCUGGAGCAUCGUGGGAUUGGCCGUGAUCAAAGGAAUUCAGUCUUCAGGGAAGGUGAUGUACUUCAGCUCCCUCUUCCCCUAUGUGGUGCUCCUUUGCUUCCUGGUGCGGGGGCUGCUCCUGAGAGGGGCGAUAGAUGGGAUCCUGCACAUGUUCACUCCUAAGCUUGACAAGAUGCUGGACCCCCAGGUGUGGCGAGAGGCGGCCACUCAGGUCUUCUUCGCUCUGGGCCUGGGCUUUGGAGGUGUCAUCGCUUUCUCCAGCUACAACAAGCAGGACAAUAACUGCCACUUCGACGCCACCCUCGUCUCCUUCAUCAACUUCUUCACCUCCGUGUUGGCCACCCUGGUGGUCUUCGCCGUGCUGGGGUUCAAGGCCAAUAUCAUGAAUGAGAAAUGUGUGGUGGAGAACACUGAGAAGAUCCUGGGCUACCUGAACACCCACGUCCUGAGCCAUGACCUCAUCCCGCCCCACGUGAACUUCUCCCAUCUCACGGCCAAGGACUACAGCGAGAUGUACCAAGUGAUCAUGACGGUGAAGGAGGAUCACUUCAAGGAGCUGGGCUUGGACCCCUGCCUGCUAGAGGAUGAGCUCAACAAGUCAGUGCAGGGAACCGGCCUGGCCUUCAUUGCCUUCACUGAAGCCAUGACCCACUUCCCAGCUUCUCCUUUCUGGUCCGUGAUGUUCUUCCUGAUGCUGAUAAACCUGGGGUUGGGCAGCAUGAUUGGGACCAUGGCGGGUAUCACUACCCCUAUCAUUGACACCUUCAAGGUGCGGAAGGAAGUUUUCACAGUUGGCUGUUGCAUCGUCGCCUUCCUGAUCGGUUUGAUCUUCGUGCAGCACUCGGGGAAUUACUUCGUCACCAUGUUUGACGAUUACUCUGCCACGCUGCCGCUCACAGUUGUGGUGAUCCUGGAGAACAUUGCUGUGGCCUGGAUUUAUGGCACCAAGAAGUUCAUGCAGGAACUGACAGAAAUGCUGGGCUUCCGGCCGUACAUCUUCUACUUCUACACCUGGAAGUACGUCUCUCCCCUCUGCAUGGCUGUGCUAAUGACAGCCAGCAUCAUCCAGCUGGGAGUCAACCCACCGGGCUACAGCGCUUGGAUCAGAGAGGAGGCUACAGAGAAGUUUCUCUAUUACCCAAUGUGGGCUAUGGCCAUCCUCAUCUGUCUCAUCAUCCUGGCCACCCUCCCACUGCCCGUGGUCUUCAUCCUCCGUCAGUUCCACCUGGUGUCCGAUGGCUCCAACGCCCUCUCCGUCACCUACAAGAAGGGCCGGAUGAUGAAGGACAUCUCCAACCUGGAGGACAAUGAUGAGACUCGCUUCAUCUUGAGCAAAGUGCCCAGCGAGACCCCGUCCCCGAUGCCCAUGCACCGUUCCUACCUGGGCCCGGGAAACGCUUCCCCAAUGGAGAUGAGCAGUGCACCCAACGGACGCUAUGGAAGUGGGUACCACUUGGCCAGCACCCCUGAAUCUGAACUGUGAUGGCCACCCACCAGCCCUCACCCCACCCCGCCACCCCCAGCGCCUAGGAGAGGAGGCAACUGGGGAAUGGAUCCUGUCCAUUUGUGGAACAAAAAGGAAAAAAAGAAGAAACCCUUCCUAGAAUGUUAGCAAGUAAGCAGCCAUUUCCCAGGCAAGGCUGGGAAGAAGGGAUCGUGGGAGGGCCCUGGAUUUCCCUCUCAGCAAUUCCAAUCAUGCAGGAUUCCUUUUCAGCUGCCCUUGUGAAAAAACAAAACAAAACAAGAAGACACUGCAAUAAAUUUGAUGGGUGUGUUUCCAGAGAGAGAAAAUUGGAGACCAAACCAAGCGUCUCUUGGUUUCCAAGCGUCGGGAGUACAGAGAAGGGAUACAAAAUGAGGUGACAGCCAAAGACGUUUCCUCUUAUAACCUGGAGUUCUUCCCCCUCCUCUUGGUUUUCCCCUAGUUAGGAGAAGAGAUGGCUCUUAUUCCAUUGAUCACAUUUGACCACCCAUGUUCAUAGCCCGAUGGACAGCCAUCACCUGAUGGGGUGGUGGUCGUGGCACCUCCUUUGGGUUUGUAGCUCUGGAGACACUCAGAGCUCAGCUUUAGUGGACAUUUUUUACCCAGCGGAGACGCAUCUUGAGUGGACAACACUUUACAGUGAGCGCCAGCAACUAGCUGACCCUUUGGUAUCUGUUGUGUUACUACGGAUGUUGGUUCAACACACAUGGGGAAUAUGUCCAUGAGUCAUGUCAGGGUGGGGUGGGAUCUCAUUCUAAACUGAGCUGCAGUGAGCACACCCACUUAUUAUACAGUGUUACUCCAUCCAAAGUGGCACAGGACCUCCGGUGCAACCACGAUUUCAGGUGUGUGAGCAUGUGCCAUGUCCACAGGCCAGAAUUUGAGCAGGGUGACGCUGGUGUAGAUCAGGAGUGACCCCUGAAGUCGUUCCUGAUUUGCAACUGGGUAACUGUGAGCAAGCUCCAGCCCCAGGAUUUUAAUUUUCAAUGCACUGUGUGAAAGAAGCCCCCUGGACUGGUGAAUGAUAGACCCUAGCCCUCCUAGAUACAGAGAUGAGUAGAGAGAAGCUGGGGGUAUUGGAUUCUGAUUACAAUCUUGGGUUAGCUUUUGUAGGAAAUAGAGUCCCAUGAUCUAAAUUCUGUCCUUAUUUAGAGUGGUGUCAUCUGGGUGUAAUGGAAGCUGACUGUGUGUUUCUUCCUGUUCACUAGCCUCAUGCAUCUAAAAGCAAGUGUCCAAAUUCCUCCCUGGUGUAUCUCCGUAGACGUCAGUGGCCUUACAGCAGGGGUGUAGUUGGCUCAGAGGCUCCAUGCCGAGUUUGCAGUGGUAUGGAAACGUAGGUUGCAGUGUGCACUGUGUGUUACGGAGUCUCCUGUACGUUAGUGUGAGGUCUUGGCACGUCUGGUGGCGAGCCCCUGUCUGUCACACCCAUCCAUGAGAUUUAGGGCUUGGGUGGGGGAAAUAAUCGUGGGUCUCUCCCAUCCAUUUAAGUACACUUUUUUUAACCUGCCCUUUCUUACUCCUGUUGUACUUAGUGCCAGCUCGAUGGUAUUUCAUGCCAACGCAUAGGCCAGGCUGAUCUCCCCUUGUCCUUGCAAAGACUGGGAGACCUUCUCCCCUCUCAUCCUUUGCUUUCCCCUCUGCUGAGAGUCCAUCCUCUCUGGAGGAAACAUGGAAAGACUGAAGGAGGGGUGAAAAGCCCUGGAGCUUUUUGCUGCUUCGUUCGUUUCCAUUAGCACCGUUUCUGCCCAUAGGUCCAUCUCUUCUGAGGCUUCCCUCAUGCAACCUGUGAGCCUUUAAAUAAUAACCGUUGACCCUUCUAUUGCACCUGUCAUCCAAGGGUCUGGAAGCACUUUACGGACAUUAAUUGAGCCCCGCAGUAGCCAUUUUACAGGCGGGGAAACUGAGGCACCGACUGGGCCAUGGUUACAGUGUGAAGCAGUGGCACUGCUGGGAAUCGAACCCCUAACACCCAAUUCCCUAUCCCUGCAUUAAAAAUCAGUUCUCCCCUAAGCCACCCAUGGUGCUUUUCCAAGGUAAGGUCACAUGACUCAGCAACCACAGGCAAGGGGUAUAUCUCCCUUGCAGUCUUCUGCAGGGCCGGCUCUAGGCACCAGCAAAACAAGCUGGUGCUUGGGGCGGCACAUUUUUAGGGGCGGCAUGGCCGGCGCCAGAAUGUCGCCCCUAAAAAUGUGCCCCGGCCGCCCUAGCUC